AUGAUUGUAGGUAUUGUAUAUUGUUUCUGUGGAGCAUGCUGUGCUGGUCGUUUACAUGAACGUACAGGUGAACAUUUCUGUUCAUGUUUAGCUCCUGGUGCUACACAAGCACUUCGAACAAAGAUUCGAAUGGCUUAUGGUAUCAGGGGUACACUUGUUAAUGACUGGCUUGCAUCAUGCUGUGGUCCAUGUUCAUUAUUACAAAUGAAGAAAGAACUCGAUCGUCAGGGUGUACCAGAUCCACAUGCCUAA